UACGAAAUAGACUAUUGUUGGUUUAUUGUUGCUCUGCGUUAUUGGAAGUCGAGUAACUGCGCUUAAAAAACAAAUUUUGCUUAUAUCAUUCAUAUUGCGAUAACUUCGAUUAAAUAUUGUUACGAUGUUACUUUAUGGAUACCGACGAUUAAUCGUUAUCGGAGCCAUAUUGUUUCUAUCUAUAUGGCGUUUGUCAACUUUUAUACACAGUCUGAUUGGGAUUGUUGUAUAUAUUUUGAGAAUAAUAUAUAUUCUGCGAAAGAGUCACCAAUUAGACUUAGCUCGAUCUCACGAAAGGUCAAGGCAGUUUUCUCACUAUCAAAAUGUGGAUCGAAAUCACUCAAAUUCGAAUGAUUAUUAUAAUCUAAAAGAAACAUACGAUAAAGUAAAUGAUGAGUUGAGGAAUUCAGAGAAAUUUGGUUCAACUAAACCAAAAUGUUCAUUUAAUAAUAUUAGAUAUAAAGUAUCAGCAUUAGAAUAUGUAUUAAGGAUGAUAUUAACUGCAAAAAGAAAAACAGUUAAAAUAGCACAUCCAGAUAAUUUUAAAUCAUCUUUAUCUAUCGAUAGGUGUGAAUUUAUAUAUUCAUUGCCAGAUAAAGAGAAAGCAAAAACUGAUCUUCGUGGUAUCAGUACUGUAACAGCCGCUUUAAAAGAAACAGGGAAAAGAUCUUUAAGAGAAGUAAAUGAACCAAAAAAUUCAAAACGUAGGCGAUUAAUGGAUAAAAUGCAAACGAACAGUUCCAUUAAUCAGUUUGCUAAACAAAAGUCUCCUAAGAAUGUGGAGAAAAUAUGUGAAAGCAAUUCUUCAAUGACCAUUCCAAAAACAUUAAAAAAGGGUGUAUCUUACCGAAGAAAUCUUCCUCUUUAUACCUCUCUUCAAGCAAAUAUACAAAUUGCAUCUAUACCUGCUCAUUUUCCUACAUUAGAAGAACAUCAUAAAGAUAGGAAAAUGGAAGAAAAACGAUUGGAAUGGUUGUUAUCUGCAGUAAAAGAAGCAUGCGAGAUGAAAGAUCGUAGAAAGAAGAAUGCACCAACAGAAAUUGCAACCAAUACUGCUAUCACCACAACCUCAUUUUCUAUUGCAAAUUCUGUUCUGUUCUGUGAUUUCUAUUACUAGCAGUUCCAGUGUACCUACAGUUACAUCAUCUUGGUUGGUAACAGAAAGAACAAUGGUAAAUAUGAUGCCUAUUAUUACUGUGCCGUCACUAAGAAAGUAUGGAUAUAACUAUUGUUAGUACCAAAAGAACGGUCACUAUUCUGGAGGAUUAUUAGUGAUCACGCUUGAAAAACUUGACUGUUGAAACUGAAAGAAAGUGUGUUAUUAGCUUGGAUUUAGAAGUUUCAAGCGUGAAAGACUCUCGGGACUAUGAACAAUGGAUAAAUGAAGGAAUGCGUGACUCAUGCCUCAUUGAUCUAGUUUUAACACUUAAUAUUUUUAUCAGUUUUUACUGAAUACAACAAAAAUUGAAUUCGGGUGUUUGUACUGUAUAUAAAUGACGUAACGUAUUCGUCUAGUUUUAAAAAUUAUAUUGUUAUUACUUUUUACAAAAUUCAAUAAAAUCGAAUACGGGGCGUAUUUGUAUUUUAUCAAUUGCUACAAUACAUACAAACAGUAAUAACAUUCAUAACUUUUAUCGAUGAUUUUUUUAAAAUUACUAUUAGAUAUCAAUAGUUUAUUUAAGGAAUAUAUUUUAUAGUUUUUGAAACUAUUCCGCGCCUGCUAUUAACACGCUUCGUUAGCGAAUCCGUUUCGGUACUUUGGAAAAUAUUAACUUAAUUCAAACAAACUACCGCAUUUCCUCAAUUCUAAGACAUGCCAUACGUUUAAAAUCGAAUUAUAAUUGUUUUAAGCAAGGA